UCGUGCGAACGGCGAGAUGGAUUUAAUUACUGGCUGAGCCCCGGGAGCUUUCACGUGGAGCUGUGUGGCUCGGAGCGAGACCGCGCUGCGCCCGUCGCCUUAAGAGCGCGACACGCGAAGCGUAGCAGGAGAGACACGGGAAGCGACGCAGGAGAGACACGCGAAGCAGGAGAGACACGGGAAGAGACACGCGAAGCAAGAGAGACACGGGAAGCGACGCAGGAGAGACACGGGAAGAGACACGCGGAGCAAGAGAGACACGGGAAGAGACACGCGAAGCAAGAGAGACACGCGCACCAAAGCUGUGCCCGAGUCGUCCGUCUUCUUCCCUCCCAGAGUUCGGUUCGGUUGGUAGCCGUCAAAGUUGGUUUGGAGUGGCGGGCGGGAGAGGUUUCGAGGCUUCGCGGUGCAGAAUUCGAGAACGGUUUUGAAGAUUUUCCCGACAAUCUCGGAUCUGGGAUUUUGGGGGUUCAGGGUUUGAAGGCGCUCUGAAUACUUCUUUAUAAAUACGGUGGUGUGUGUGGGGGGGGGGGGGGGGGGGAGAGAGAGUUUGAAACAAUCUCAAGGAGCAACGGAAGACGUGGCGAAGAGCCGUUUUGGCGAAGAUCACGACACUUUGUUUGCGUUCGUUCUUCUUGGAGUUGUCCGUCGCGACCGAACGAGAGGGUGCGACACUGCCGACUCUUCGUGCGCCUAAGGGGUUGCUACUCGCCACGGAGAGCACUGAGGCCACCAACAAGUCUGUUGAGGCUGGACGGGGGUGUAUUUGUCGUCGCGUCUACGUGUCUGUCCACAUUUUGCCGAUACCUCUGGAACGGAUUUGAACUGGCAGAGGAGGCCGUCUCGAUGGCCAUGGCGGUCGCAUGGGCCCCAAUGUUCAUCUUUGGCCUCAUCAGGGCAGCCCACGGUGAACACACGGUGUUCGGCAUGGGGGACCCCCCCGCGCUGUCCCCCUACCCGGAGCUGCACCACGCCGCGUCGCACGCGCUGCUGGUGCCGGGCGAGCGCUUCGAGCUGCGCUGCUCCGGCGAGACGCGCCUCACCUGGCGGCACCCGGCGGCGGCGCACGUGGCCGUGGUGGACUCGCGCGGCGACGGCGAGGGCGCCUCCUCCUCCACCUUCUCCUCCACCUCGUCGUCGUCCUCGUCGUCGACGCACGUGAGCACGCUGGUGAUCGAGAGCGCGUCGAUCGAGCACGCGGGGAUCUACGUGUGCGUGUUCAGCGACGAGGGCGACUACGGCGAUGAGGGCGGCCACGGCGACGACGACGCGGCGCUGGGGGACGAGGAGGACUACGGCCACGGCAAGGAGGAGGACGAGCUCAACGGGGCCUCCUCGCUGCAGAUCUACGUGCGAGACCCGGAGCACCUGUUCGCGCCGGUGUCGGGCUACGACCACGUGAUCCCCGUGAACGAGGGCGAGGAGGCGCUGAUCCCCUGCGUGGCGGGCGACCCGCUGACCCGCGUGACGCUGGUGGCGGCCGAGCGGCCCGCCGUGGCCCUGCCCGCCACCUACCUGCCCCUGCGCGGAGUCAGCGCACACCUCAAGGGCGGCAACUACCGGUGCCACGCCACGCUGGGGGAGCGCUCCGAGAUGACGCCCGAGUACAACGUCAUCGAGAUCCCCGUGUCGCGACUGAACCCGACGCUGGAGGCGUCGAGCGUGAAGGUGAUGAGCGGAGACUCCUUCAACAUCACGUGCUCCGUGCGCGGCAACGGCAUCGUCAACUUCGACUGGGAGUACCCCGGAAAACACUGGCCGAACGUGAGCGCGCCCCAGACUCUGGUGAGCGACGGCGUUCGUGCCGACGGCGAGACGGAGAUCGCGAGCACGCUCACCUUCACGGCGGUGACGAGCGCACAGUCAGGCUCCUUCCGCUGCUCCGUGGAGAACUCGCAGGGCACGAGCAGCGAGGAGAAGCUGCACAUCGACGUGCUGGAGCGUGGCUACGUGCGCCUGCACACGCUGGUGGCGCGCGUGGAGCGGGCGCGCGCGGGCGAGGUGCGCCGCUUCGCCGUGGCCGUGGAGGCGUUCCCGGCGCCAGCGGCCGCCUGGUACAAGGACGGGCGGCGCCUGUACGGGGGCCUGGGGGAGGCCGACGUCACGCUCGACGUGCACGACCUCAAGCGCGGCCGGUACGAGAGCGUGCUCACGCUGGUGCGCACCAAGGAGGAGGACAGCGGCGAGUACACGCUGAGCGUGGGGAACGCCCACGACGCGGCCAACCACAGCUUCAGCCUCUACGUGUUCGUCCCCGCGACGAUCAAGGAGCUGUCGGACGCCCACGGAGUGAACGACACGGAGACCCACGUGGUGACCUGCGUCGCCGAGGGUCUGCCCGUGCCCGAGAUCACGUGGUACACCUGCUCCGACCUCAGGAGCUGUAACGAGCGCUGGGCCUGGCAGCUGCUCAACAGCACCGGCGGCACCACCGGCAACGGCGGCGCCGGCGGCGGCGGCGGCACGGAGGUGGAGACCCACGCCAUCGUUGGGAGUCUCACCUCGUCGUCGUCGUCGCCGUCCGACGGGCCGGGCCCGGCCGCGGAGUUCCGCAGGGCGCGCGUGUCCAGCACGCUCACGUUCCCGCGCCUGGACCGCUCCACGGCCGUGCGCUGCGACGCCACCAACGCGUUCACGCGCGCCAGCGGCAGCCUGCGGCACGGCGGCGACGAUGACGACGACGACGACGACGAGGACGACGCGGAGCCCCUGCACAGCGCCGCGCAGGUCGUCAAGCUCGUCAAGAACGACUCUCACUCCAAGCUCAAGGUGAUGGCGGCCAUCUUGGUGCUGCUGGUGGUCGUCAUCGUCUCUCUCAUCGUGCUCGUCGUCGUCUGGAAGCAGAAGCCGCGCUACGAGGUGCGCUGGAAGGUGAUCGAGUCCAUCAGCCCCGACGGACACGAGUACGUCUACGUGGACCCCACGCAGCUCCCCUACGACUCCCGCUGGGAGCUCUCGCGCGACUCCCUCCAGCUCGGCCGGAUCCUGGGCUCGGGGGCGUUUGGGAAGGUGGUGGAGGCCACGGCUCGCGGGAUGAGCCACUCGCAGACCUACAUGAAGGUGGCGGUCAAGAUGCUGAAACCCACGGCGCGCACGAGCGAGAAGCAGGCGCUCAUGUCGGAGCUGAAGAUCAUGAGCCACCUGGGACCUCACCUCAACAUUGUCAACCUCCUUGGGGCCUGCACGAAAGGAGGGCCCAUCUACAUCAUCACCGAGUACUGUUGCCACGGCGACCUGGUCAACUACCUCCACCGCAAGCGCGACCGCUUCCUCUACGGCUCGGCCAGCAAGGACAAGUUCGACGGAGACAUCUUCAGCCUCAACAGCAGUGGGGAGAACACGCGCAGCUACGUGCUGCUGUCGUUCGAGGAGGAGGGCGCCUACAUGGACAUGAAGACGGUGGACAUGGGCCAGUACGUCCCCAUGACGGAGAGCGGGCAGCCACACUCCUACUACUCGCACCCGCCCUCGCACCGCCGCCUCACCAUGGAUGAGAAAGACCGCGAGGUUUUCUUCCCCGAUUUCGUGGACGAGGAACUGGCUCCGCUCCACCUCAACGACCUCAUCAGCUUCAGCUACCAAGUCGCCAAGGGCAUGGAGUUCCUGGCCUCCAAGAACUGCGUUCACCGGGACCUCGCGGCCCGUAACGUCCUCCUCUCCGACCGUCGCACCGUCAAGAUCUGCGACUUCGGCCUCGCGAGGGACAUCAUGCACGACUCCAACUACGUGUCCAAGGGCAGCACUUUCCUCCCCGUGAAGUGGAUGGCUCCGGAGAGCAUCUUCGACAACCUGUACACGACUCAGAGCGACGUGUGGUCGUACGGAAUCCUGCUGUGGGAAAUCUUCUCCCUAGGAGGGACUCCGUACCCGGGGAUGCCGGUCGACUCGCAGUUCUACAACAAGCUCAAGUCCGGCUACCGCAUGGACUCGCCGGACUACGCGCCGCCUGACAUAUAUGACUUCAUGGUGCGAUGCUGGAACGCAGACGCUGAGAAACGCCCCACGUUCUCUCGCCUCUCCGACAUGAUGGCCAAACUCAUGCCCGGCGGAUUCCAAAAGUCGUACGAGAAGCAGGGCGAGGAGUUCCACCUGCACCACCCGGCCGUGGCCCGCCUGCGAGCGGCCUCCGACCUCUCGUACGUGGGCGUCGCCUACAGCCCCGCGGGCAAGGGGGGGGGUGCCGGCGGCGGCGUCGGCGGCCUGCAUGCCUCCGACGAGCUCUCGGAGCAGCGGUCCGACACGGACAGCGGCUACAUCAUCCCGCUGCCCGACAUCGAGCCGCCCAGCAUGGACGACGGACACUCGCACAACAGCCAAAGCACGGGGCUGUGCGAGGACAGCCUCAACGACGACUCGCAACACCGCCUCCUCCCCAUCACCAAGGACUACGAGGAGAUGAUGGAGGUGAUGGACAUGUCCUCCAGCCUGGUGGAGGACAGCUUCCUUUGAGGCGACCCCGCGAGACCUCGCGACCGCGAGACCCCGCGAGCCCACCCCACGACCCCUGCGAGCCCACCCUAGCAACCCUUGACCUUUUGAGACUCGGCCAACUCGGGUACGGACGUCAAAGAAAUACGGCCGCCGACGCUGACGGGAGGAUAACGGAAAUAUUCCGCGCCCGCGAGAGCGACCAUCGGCGAGGGCAAACCGACGGACUCACCGCGGCCGGGGAACGGGGCGGAGAUGAACACCGUCGAGGCGUCAAUGGAAACCCGGUCAUCGGUUCGUCACCGUGUGGAGGAGGAGGGGGGGGGGCGGCACGACGAGCGGGGUGUUCAAGACAGCCGGACUUCGAGAGCGAGAGAGAGACGAGCGUUCAGUCGCGUAGAGUCGUUUCCCUCGCUCGCAGCGACCGUUGGGCAAAGUCCCCAACAACGACCCUCUCUCACUUGCUCCGCGCUCCACUUGAACGCAAUGAUCUCGAGCGCACGCACGGCGCAAGCGGCGAUUCGCCGCGAACAGAAAGAACGAUGACGACCGGUCGACGGGUCCUCGCCGCUCAAUCGACGGCGGUCGGGCGGCGUUUGUCUCCGUCGGCGUUUUCGAGCCGUUCGUGGAAAUUCCACAGUAAUUGGGCCACGGACCAGUCUCUCUCUAACCACUUAUUGACUACCCCCCCCCCCCUCCCCGUCAAAGAAACAGUCAAUCUAUUCUCUGCCCCGGAGAGAUGACGACGACGACGAUCGUGUGAGUUGACUUCUGGCCAGAAUUCGAAGCCCAAGCAACGAUCGCCAUCUCCUCCCUCGACGACGACGACGGCGGCCAUUGCCUCCCCGGCGCAGAUACGACCGCCGGGGGCCCAGCUCCCCUCGACACUCGCCGCAGCGUCGAACUGCAAGACGCCCUCCACGUGUCGGCAGCCUGGCGCACGAGGCCCCCCCCGACCCUGGCACGGACAACGAGCGUGACCCACCCCCAGCGAUGACGCAACCGCAGCGAGAGAAGCUCAUGGUCGGCUUGUCCAACGGACGAGCGAGGGCGCAGUGGCAGAGGAAACGCGAUUUCAAAAGGGGAGAAAGAAACAGAAACUGAACGUGGGUGCCAGUCGUGAACUGCAACGGCUGGGGGUUGUAGAUGCGGUCUACUAAUGCAAGCCAAGUGGGUUCCAGUGGGUUCGUGGAGUUCCCAGGGAAAAUUGCCCCUUCUGCCUCCGCGCCCCCUCCCUCCCCCCCCCGAGGAGCAAUCUCGCCCCCGAUUGGCUGUGUUGAGUACCACGUAAAAGUCGUUUGUGUUGUUUGUCCAGUCCGAGCGUGGCCAGACACGUGCGUCUUACUUUGCUUCGACAUCAGUAACGAUGCUACUCCGCCGUGAUGGAGAGAGACAUAGAUAGAAAUGUCGAGGCGAGUUGGCGUGAGUUGCUGUGACAUUUGACCUUACAUGCCGUUUAAAACAGGUACGGGGAUUUUUUUUCAUCACCAGCAUUAAAGUACAUAUCUCUGUUGGUCAGUCUCAUAUAAAUAUACGAUAGUAUACAUGUGUAUAUAUAUAUACAACUUAAAAGUGUGUGUAUGGUGCGGUACGAAUUCAUGUCUGUUCGAGCGUUAGUCCAUAGAUUUUAAUUCUACUUUUACAAGAGUAUUUUUUUCUGCUAAAUGUAAUUUUAAAUAGUGGUAAUCCUGAACGUACGCUGCAUACGGAUCUUCUUGGUUCUUUCAGUAAAGUCACGUAGA